CGUAGGAAAAGGACAUCAACGGAAGAGAACGAAGACUUCUUCGCAGAAAUUUCAUCGGCUCAGUUAUCGUUUGUGCCUUCCGAGUGAAGCAAAUUAGGGUUUUUUUUCGAGAUUGUGUGUAUGUUUGGAAGAUUUCGUAGUUUGAGUUUGAGGGCAUCGAAGAAAUUCAUCAACUUUAAUGAAAAAGCUCUGCUGCUAUAGGUCUUCGUCCGAGGUAGUAGGGGGACAAGCAUCGUCUCGGUCGGGUAAAGGGAAGAGCGAGGAAGGAGAGAUUAAGUAUGGGUUUAGUCUGGUGAAAGGGAAAGCCAAUCAUCCUAUGGAGGAUUAUCACGUUGCUAACUUCAUCAAUAUCCAAGGCCAUCAGUUAGGAUUAUUUGCCAUUUUCGAUGGCCAUAUGGGGGAUAGUGUCCCUGCAUACUUGCAGAAGCAUCUCUUCUCUAAUAUCCUGAAGGAGGGAGAGUUCUGGGUUGAUCCUCGAAGGUCUAUUGCGAAAGCUUACGAAAAGACAGACCAGGCGAUUUUAUCACAUGGUUCUGACUUGGGCCGAGGCGGGUCAACAGCCGUGACUGCAAUAUUGAUAAAUGGGAGAAAGCUGUGGGUAGCCAACAUUGGCGAUUCACGAGCAGUUCUUUGUCGAGGAAGUGAAGCCAUACAGAUGAGUACAGAUCACGAGCCCCGGACUGAAAGGGUGAGCAUCGAGGAUAGAGGCGGAUUUGUGUCUAACCUGCCGGGAGAUGUCCCUCGGGUUAACGGGCAAUUGGCUGUAUCCCGUGCCUUUGGAGACAAGAGCCUCAAAACACAUCUGAGUUCAGAACCUGACAUAAAGGAGGUUACUUUAGACAGCAGCACAGACAUCCUGGUUCUGGCAAGUGACGGCCUGUGGAAGGUGAUGUCGAACCAGGAGGCGGUGGACAUAGCGAGAAGGUUGAAGGAUCCACAGAAGGGAGCGAAGGAGCUAACUGCAGAGGCGUUGAGAAGAGAGAGUAAAGACGACAUAUCAUGUGUCGUCGUUAGAUUCAGAUGACGGCUGGUGUAAAAGAAGGGUAUUUCUAUUGGUGGAAUGCAUCAGAAGAAGAAGUCAGGGUGGUUUGGUCCAUGUAGAUUGUGUGGUUUAGGGCGGCAAAGAAGAAAGAGAGGGGGUGUGGUACUAAUAGUAAUACUAUUGGUUGGUUUGAAAAAGAGAUUCUAUUAGGAGGGGAGUUCGAAUGUUCUUCCGGAUUUGGUACUCAUUCCAAGUUUUCGUUUUGUCGUUUGUUAUCUUUGUUUAAAUGUCUCUACUCUAGUUUGAAAUUAAAGCGUGUGUAUGUAUACAUGAAGAUUCUCAA